AUCCCGGAAUGCUGCGUGGGCUAGCCAGACCCUCCUCCGCAGCGCUGUGGAGGAAGGUCUGGUAAAGCAAGACUAGCAAAAAACCGAUCUGUGCUCUUACAGUCAAAUAAUCGUGCUAAGAUUUUAAUAGUAAGGUCUCUGUAAUGACGUUCCUGCCUUUGUUGUUGUUUCCGUUUCCAGUGGCGUCAGACAAAUAUUUGUGUGAUACUCGACUUGACACUUGCUCAGUUUCCCUCCAAAUGAUGCAAUCGAAUCAGGCUGCGUUUGUUAAAAGUUGGCCAAUCACACAGUUGAGAAACUCAGUGAAAACCAGUCAGUGUGGAUAACUCAGUCAACUAAGUCAUGUCAUAUUAAAUAGACUUGACGCAAAAGUAAAUGGGAACCCACUCCCUGAAGAAAAUACAAUCAGUGAUGGCUGUAUUCCAUUUAGCUGCUUCAGUCCUGGUAUUGCGCAAGCUCGCUCAAUGCCAUCACUCCCUGGGACAUUUGAAUAGAGUGGAGUCAUAAUUUUGUUAUUAGUAGCUUACACCUCUAAUUUAUUUAUUCUAUGGUACUGUAAGUCUUCUACUGUAUUUGUACCUGAUUGUAUUUUUCAACAAUAAGUGAUCUUGACUCUCUCCAGAUUUACCCAGAUUCCUUGUGAGAGUUAUUUUGAAAGCUGUUCUUUCUGAGGAUCGUCCGAUAUACAGCUGGAAGGCGUGGCACUGUCUUGGCUCCCAAGUAUUUAAAGGAGGUCUGAACUAAAAGUCACAAAACACAAAAGAUACAGCGAACAGAAGAGUUCUUCCUGCAGUCUGCAUCGUCUCAUUUUGUCUGCUAUUCAACUGAGAUGCCUGUCCAUACGCGAUCAAUCAGAGGCACGUCUGGGGUGGGUCGGUUUCCAGCUGUCACUCUCGGAUUUGGGGAAGACACAGAGGAAGAGAAGGAAGUGCCAGAGGAAAGCAAUUCUGUGAAGGAAAAUGCAUGUCGGAGGUGGCUGCGUAAGGUUUGCCCGUGCUGCUGUCCCAAGCCAAAUGAUGACGACAUUACGAACACCUUGGUCACGGGGGCAGAUGAUAAGGAGGACGGGACAAAUGGCGAGAAGCCUGAGACUGGUGACAGGCAGCUUGAUGAACUCCUCCUAAAAGUGCGAUCAAUAGACCUGAUGAAAAGCAAAUCGGGGGAGAACCGCACAGAGCACCACACAAACCUCUACCAAAGGGAUGACUUUGUUAUUCGCAGAGGACAAACUUUCCAGAUGUGGAUUACCCUGUCUCGACCCUUUAACCCCAGCACUGACAAAAUCCACCUACAACUUAAAACAGGGCCACUGCCAUCAGUGUCAAAGGGUACCCUGGUAACCAUCCCUUUGGUGGAGGAGUUGGAGGACGGUCGUUGGAAGGCUGCUGUCGUGAGACAGGACGGCAAAAGGAUAAUGCUGUCAGUGAAUUCUCCCCCCACGGCGGCCAUUGGCCGAUAUCAACUCACAGUGGAAACACAUUGUGCAAACGGCCAGGCUGUUUCCAACCAUGACCCGGCCAAUGACAUCUACCUGUUGUUCAACCCCUGGUGUGAAGAUGACGCAGUGUUCAUGGAUUCGGAGGUUGAAAGGCAGGAAUAUGUCCUGAAUGAUAUCGGACGAGCCUACUACGGUACGGAGAAUCAAAUUGGAGAGCGGACAUGGAACUAUGGGCAGUUUGAUGAUGGGAUUCUUGCUGCUUGUGUCUUUGUCCUGGAAAAGAGUGGAACUCCUCCGUCUGGUUGGGGAGACCCGGUUAAUGUGGUACGAGUCAUCUCAGCCAUGAUCAAUUCCCCUGAUGACGGUGGUGUCCUGGAGGGGAACUGGUCAGGAGACUAUUCAGCUGGAACUAGUCCAACAGUUUGGAGUGGGAGUGUGGAAAUCUUGAAGCAGUACCAUAAAACCAGCGGGAGCCCUGUUAAGUAUGGCCAGUGCUGGGUCUUUGCUUGCGUAGUCACUACAGUUUUACGGUGUUUAGGCAUUCCCAGUCGAACUGUGACCAACUUCAGCUCAGCUCACGACACAGACGUCUCCUUGACAACAGAUGUAUACCUGGACGAGAACCUGGAGCCUAUAGAUUGCCUCAAUGCCGACUCUAUCUGGAACUUCCACGUGUGGAACGACUGCUGGAUGGCUCGUCCAGACUUGCCCCCAGGAUAUGGUGGCUGGCAAGCUGUCGAUGCCACGCCUCAGGAGACCAGCCAGGGCACCUACCGCUGUGGCCCUGCUUCUCUCGCUGCUGUGCGCAAUGGUCAGGUCUACCUCAAACAUGACACUCCGUUUGUGUUCGCCGAGGUGAACAGUGAUAAGAUCUACUGGCAGAGAAACAUAGAUGGGACCUUCAGUCAAAUCUUCAGUGAGAAACAGUCCGUGGGCCACUUCAUCAGCACAAAGGCUGUUGGCACUGAUGAACGCAAUGAUAUCACAAACCUUUACAAAUACUCUGAAGGUUCAGAGGAGGAACGCAUUGCUGUGGAAACAGCUUGUAGCUAUGGCUCCAAAGCACAGGCAUAUUCCUCUUCCACAGCAAAGGAUGUUACUAUAGAAGUGACCAUGGAUGGUGACGGGCCUGAAAUGGGAAGAGAUGCAGAGCUGACCAUCGUGUUGCGAAACAGCAGCUCGGAGCAACGCACGCUCACCCUGCACGGCCAGGUGGCAGUCAUGUACUACACCGGCGUCAACAAGGCCACAGUCAGAAAGGACAGGACAGAUGUGGACGUGCUGCCCAAUGAGGUAAAGUAUUUGGAGUGGACCCUGGAGUACAAAGACUACAAGGACCAACUGAUAGACCAGGCCGCCCUGAUGCUGACGCUGUCAGGCAGGGUCAAAGAAACACAGCAGGUCCUGGCCACUCAGUUCAGUUUCCGGCUCAGGACCCCAGACCUAAUCAUAAAGCCGAUCGGGGCGGCCGUGGUAGGGGAGAAGAUGGCCGUAGAGAUUUCAUUCACUAACCCGCUGCCACAGGUGCUGAAAGCCGUGGUAUUCCACGCCGAGGGACUGGGCCUCCUAACUUCUCGAAAAAUCCAUUAUGGAGAUAUUGGCAGUCGCGCCUCCGUGUCUCUGACUGAGAACUUUGUCCCCACCCUGCCCGGGCCGAGGAAAUUACUGGCUUCGUUGGACUGCAAACAGCUCACGCAGGUUCACGGGGUGGCCGACAUCACUGUGGGGGACAAAAGCAACGGCACUCGAUAGCGAUUUGAAAACUAAGGCCCUUUUGACACUGAAUGUUAUGAAGUCUGUUUUCAUGUCAUCGAUAUUGAAAGUUAGUGUUUAGAUUUACAAAAUGUAUGUAUGACACUACAGUGCUGCUCUAUUUUGCAGAUGUUGUUUAUGGGACAGAACUUUUAUAUUCUAUUAAAACCAGUAUUAGCUAACACAAAACUCACGACAAAUUUUUUACAACAUUUUACAACUUAGACAAGAAAAGGGAGCGAGAAGGGAAAUGACAUGCAGAAAGGGCCGCAAACCUGCGGCUGCUGCGGUGAGGACUGAGUGUCUGUAUGUGGCGCGCUCUACCAGAUGAGCUACCCAGGCGCACCAACUCAAGACAUGUUAAUGUAGUCCCACAGUUGUUGCAGAGGUUGGACUGUGUGGCAGCUUUAAUGAAAGAAGUGUACAUUCAGGGCGCCCGGGUUGCUCAGUUGGUAGAGCGGGCGCCCAUAUAUAGAGGUUUACUCCUCAACGCAGCGGGCCCGGGUUCGACUCCAACCUGUGGGCCUUUGCUGCAUGUCUUUCCCCUCUCUCUGUCCCCUUUCAUUUCUUCAGCUGUCCUGUCAAUAAAGGCCUAAAAAAAUGCCCAAAGAGACAAAAAAAAAGAAAAAAGAAAGAAAGAAGUGUACAUUUGUAAAGACAGACUCUCCAUUGAGAUCCUGUUUUGUAUUUAUAAAUGUGAUUCAUUUUGUUUGCUUCGCCAUGUGUUGAAGGAAAGUAUUGUGUUAUUUAAUAUCUAAAUGUUAAAUGCUGUUGUAUUAUUA